AUGUCUGUGUGCAGCGUAGUGCAAGAUGCGCCGUUAGAUUUGAGUUGUCGCAAUCCCGAAAGAAAAACGAAUUUGUUAAAUUCUUCGAAAUUUCAAAGAUGUUUACCUUGUCAAACGUGUGGCAAAAAUUUUGACAGACCUUCCUUGCUCAAAAGGCAUUUACGUACCCAUACAGGUGAAAAGCCACAUGGUUGCGCCGUCUGUGGAAAAAUGUUCAGUACAAGCAGCUCCUUGAAUACACACGUCAGAAUACACACUGGAGAACGGCCACACGAAUGUCCAAUGUGCGGAAAGCGUUUCACUGCUUCGUCAAAUUUGUAUUAUCAUCGAAUGACACAUUAUAAGGAAAAACCGCAUAAAUGCAACGAAUGCGGACGUUCUUUUCCAACCCCUGGUGAUUUAAGAGCUCAUGGGUAUUCUCACAGUGGUAACUGGCCGAUGCGAUGUUCGGUUUGCAAUCGAGGAUUUUGUAAACCUGGAGCUCUACAUCAUCACAUGCAAGUGCACACUGGGAACAGGCCAUAUCGUUGUAACAUAUGCAAGAAACAAUUUGCCAUGGUAAAUAAUUUACGAUCGCACGAGCAGUCUCACGAUCUCGAUCUGCCAAUUCGAAAUACCACCGCUAAUUCUUCAAACGCAGAAAACGAAAUAUCGAUCAAUGCGUUUACUUUUGAAGAAGUAAACAGGAACCACUUACAACUUUCCGCGAUUUAUUCUUGGACUUCUUGGAUACCUUUUCAUUAUCCCAAGUAA